CCUUUCGGCCGGAACCGCCAUCUUCCAGUAAUUUGCCAAGAUGACGAACACAAAGGGAAAGCGGAGGGGAACCAGGUAUAUGUUCUCCAGGCCUUUCAGAAAACAUGGAGUUGUUCCUUUGGCCACUUAUAUGCGAAUCUACAAAAAGGGUGAUAUUGUAGACAUCAAGGGAAUGGGUACUGUGCAAAAAGGAAUGCCACACAAGUGUUACCAUGGCAAAACAGGAAGAGUCUACAAUGUUACCCAGCAUGCUGUUGGCAUUGUUGUAAACAAGCAAGUGAAGGGCAAGAUUCUUGCCAAGAGGAUUAAUGUGCGUAUUGAGCAUAUUAAGCACUCAAAGAGUCGAGAUAGCUUCCUGAAACGUGUCAAGGAAAAUGAUCAGAAAAAGAAGGAAGCCAAAGAGAAAGGAACCUGGGUUCAGCUGAAGCGCCAGCCUGCCCCGCCCAGAGAAGCACACUUCGUGAGAACCAAUGGGAAGGAACCUGAGUUGUUGGAACCUAUUCCCUAUGAAUUCAUGGCAUAAGCUGGGGAUGGAGCUGUGCCUUUCAGCGCCUAAUUCCCCCUCGGUAUUCUAGGCCCCACUUAAACGGAAAAAACGCAUCCUGUGUUGUAAGGAUGGUUUUCUUAAUUAAACAGGUGUUUGAUGCAUUUCCCUCAGAAACAAGUAUCUGGAGCAGAUUUUCAUGGCAUCUAGUUAAUUGUGUCAGGUCUUUACUCUUCAGUGUUCUUCUUGCAGAAGGAUACUGCUGAGGUAUUGUGUAGCAGUAUAGCUAGAUGACCACAUAUUUAUGAAAUAUUUAUAUUGGCUUGAAGAUCCUGUAAAUCACCAUGGUGAAAAAAUGUAACAAAAUAAAUGGAAGUCACUGCAGUUAAAUAAAUG